AGCUCUCACUCUGGAGGGUAAACCCUCUAAAGGGAUUAGAGCAUAUGGAUGAGCCCUUCGAAAUGGAGCGCACCCAAGUUCUGAUCCAAUGGAAACCAAGAACCCACCUCCUUCAAAGACUUGCAUUGCCCCUCCUACCUAUCCAUAAAAGUGGAAACCAUGCUGCCCUAAGCCUCGAACAACAGUACUCUUUCUGUCUUCUGAAUCUUCUUCCUUCACUUCUCACUCAGAGAGAUAAACAGACAGGCAGAGACAUAGAGAGGCCAGGAGAGAGAGAGAGGACAUGGCUGAGCCUCUCCUCUCUGCCCGCUUGUUUGUACUGGUGGAGCACCUCUGUCUUCUACAUCAUAUCCAUGCGGGGGCAUUUUAUGGGCACAAACCACUGCCCCAACAGCACCAACCUCUACCACAGUUACCUCACCUGUUGCAUGGCAAUGAGGGGAUACCCCAACACCAUUACCAUGGGAAGGAAAUGCCACACAUGCCAUAUGGAAAUGAGAUGCCUUUGCUUCCACAGUAUGGAAAAGAACGUCCACAGAUACCCAUGAACAUGGGUAAACCCAAUCUAGGAAAAGGUGAAUCUAUUCCAAGAGCAGAGAAAGGUAUCCCUGGCGAGGCUGGUCAAAUGGGGCCUCCAGGGCCUCAGGGCCCCCCCGGACUUCCUGGUCAUGGCAUCCCAGGACCUCCUGGAAAACCUGGUCCCCAAGGUCCACCAGGAUUUCCUGGGAUUGGAAAACCAGGAAUGCCAGGAUUGCCAGGAAAGCCUGGGGGCAUAGGUUUACGAGGACCAAAGGGUGAGUUAGGACCAAUUGGUGGUAAAGGGCCAGUAGGAUUGCCAGGACCUCCAGGACUUCCAGGGCCCCAUGGCCUACCAGGUGUGGGAAGAUCAGGUGGACAAGGACUUCCAGGACAACCUGGGCCCCGUGGAGAACCAGGAGACAAGGGACUUCCUGGGCUCCCUGGUAUUCCAGGGCUAAAAGGUGAGAAUGGAAUUGGUCUCCCAGGACUCCCGGGUGUAAAGGGACCUUCUGGACUUCCAGGGCCACCAGGACAAGGAGGGCUACCAGGUGCUGGCAAGCCAGGACUGAUGGGACUACCUGGGGCUCCUGGAGGGCCAGGUAAACCUGGUGCACCCGGAGAACCAGGAUUAGUAGGAGUUAAAGGGGAGAGAGGGCAAAUAGGGCCACCAGGACUACCAGGUUUUGGUAAACCUGGUUUGGAUGGGUUGCCAGGAAAACCAGGUCUCCAAGGUGGAAAAGGUGAGCCAGGUCCCCCUGGUUUACCUGGGGCUCCAGGCUUGCCUGGAUUUGGCAAGCCUGGAUAUCCUGGCCUCAAAGGUGAAAAAGGAUAUGGUGGGUUACCUGGCCCUCAGGGCCCAAAAGGUGAGAAGGGUUAUGGUGGUCUUCCUGGAAUGAUUGGACCACCAGGUCCAAGUGGCUUCCCGGGUCCUCCAGGUCUCUUGGGACCUCCUGGAAGCAUUGGUUUCCCUGGUCCAAAAGGAGAGGGAGGUGCAGUAGGACCAAAGGGACCACUUGGUCCAAAAGGUGAACCAGGACCUCCAGGACUUCCAGGAAAAUCAGGAUUUCCAGGAGAAGUAGGGCAGCCAGGAUCUAGAGGCUUACCUGGUUCCUUGGGGCCUAAGGGUGAAAAUGGACACAAAGGAUUGCCUGGCCUACCUGGAUUCCCUGGAAAGCCUGGUGCAAAAGGAGAAGGUGGAUUUCCAGGACAGAAAGGUCAUCCAGGGCCGAUGGGAAUACCAGGAUUAAUGGGUCCAGCAGGACCAAUAGGCCCACCUGGUCUCCCUGGGCCAAAAGGGGAAUAUGGGCCACCAGGAAGACCUGGACCACCAGGUGAGGGAAAACCAGGAUUUACAGGCCCAUUAGGUCCCCCUGGUAUACCUGGACCUGGUGGACCCCCUGGUCAACCCGGAAUACCUGGGCCUCCUGGCCCACCUGGGCCUCCUGGGCCUCCUGCUCAAACUUCUGUAGCCGGGCAAAUCCUUCCUGAGGUAGGUCCUGGGCUAGAUGGGGUCAAAGGUGGUUAUACGAAAGAAAAGCUUGGUGGAGCCAUAUUUGGUAGGAAUGGCCUAGAGAUGCCUGCAUUUACUGCCCAGCUAACAACACCAUUCCCUCUAGUUGGGCAGCCUGUUGUCUUCAACAAGCUUCUAUAUAAUGGCAACCAGAAUUACAACCCUCAAACAGGCAUCUUCACUUGCAAAAUACCUGGAAUUUACUACUUUGCCUACCACGUUCACUGCAAAGGAGAAAAUGUAUGGGUGGCCUUGUACAGGAACAAUGAGCCAGUUAUGUACACAUAUGAUGAAUAUAAAAAAAGUUACCUGGAUCAGGCAUCAGGGAGUGCAGUGCUGCCUUUACAAGCUGGAGAUACUGUACAUGUCCAGCUACCGUCAGACCAAGCAGCAGGACUUUAUGCCGGUCCAUAUGUCCACUCAUCAUUCUCUGGGUAUUUGUUAUAUCCUAUGUGAAUAUGUGAAAAGUGUCACCCAUGAUCAAACAGUAAAAAAAUCUAUGUUACACAUUUCAAACGUCAAAUGUGUAUGUUCCAACAGUGGAGAGACAUGUUCAAAAAUGUAAAGAAUUGAAGGGCCAAUUUUUUUAUGUGUUCAAUCCACUUUUUCCGGAACUAGCUGGUCACACAUUAAAACACUAAAGAAAUUAAUUAAUUUUUUAAAGGAACAGUUCACCCAAAAAUUAUAACUCUGUCAUCUUUUACUCACCCUUAUGUCAUCUCAAACUCGUAUGACUUUCUUUCGUACACAGAACACAAAGAUGUUUUAAUGGAGGUAUGAUGUCUGUUUGUCCAUACAAUGUAAGUGAAUGGUAACCAAAUUUUCAAGUUAAAAAAAGGACAUAAAGAGGGGGGCCUGGGUAGCUCAGUGAGUAAAGACACUGACUACCACCCCUGAAGUCACGAGUUCGAAUCCAGGGCAUGCUGAGUGACUCCAGCCAGAUCUCCUAAGCAACCAAAUUAGCCCGGUUGCUAGGGAGGGUAGAGCCACAUGGGGUAACCUCCUCGUGGUCGCUAUAAUGUGGUUCCCACUCACGGUGGGGCACGUGGUGAGUUGUGCGUGGAUGCCAUGGAGAAUAGCGUGGAGCCUCCACAUGCACCAUGUCUCCGUGGUAACGCGCUCAACAAGCCACGUGAUAAGAUGCACAGAUUGAUGUUCUCAGACACGGAGGCAACUGAGAUUCAUCCUCCGCCACCUGGACUGAGGUGAGUCACUAUGCCACUAUGAGGACUUAGAGCACAUUGGGAAUUGGGCAUGCCAAAUUGGGGAGAAAGGGAGAGAUAAAAAAAAAAAAGGACAUAAAUGUAAUCCAUAAAACUCCAGUGGUUUAAUCCAUGUCUUCUGAAGCAGUCCAGUUGGUUAUGGGAGAGAGCAGACCAAAAAUGUAACUCCCUUUUCACUGUACAUAUUGCCAUUGCAUUCUCUAGGCACGAUUUUUAUUUUAAGCUUGAUUACACUUCCUAGCACUUGAUGCAUGCACAGAGUGUUAGAUGGCAUUAGGAAGUGUAAUCGAGCAUGAAAUCAUGAUCGCCAAGGAGACUGGAUUUAUAGUUAAGAUGAGUAAAAUUUUAGCCUGUUCUGACCCAAAAUCGAGUGGAUGGCUUCAGAAGACAUGGAUUAAACCACUGGAGUUUUAUCAGAGUCCAAAAUAUACUUUUGUUUUCUUGGUUUAUUUCGAGUGAGUCAGUUAAUUCAGUCAGUCAGAUUUAUUCAGUAAGCUCCAAAUGAUUCAUAAGUCUUGUUAAUUCACAAACAAGAGCCGACUCAUAAGAGUAAUUCAUGCGGGAAUCAGACAAUAGUGUUAGUUGUCCACUGUAGUUGUUUAUUCUCUAAAAUGAACCGGCUCAAAUAGUCAUUUAGACUGUAGGCCUACAGAGCACCCUUGAGGACAAAACUGGAACAUUACUUUUAGAAGCUGACACAGACAUUGGGUGCAUUUGUUUGCACUUUCUUACACCGAUUAUGCGUAAUAAGCCGGCAACACGUGUGAUCACGUAAGCAGAGUGGCGGGUCACACUGUGAAAUUCACCGGCCAAUAUCCACAUUUAGAGCUUGGCGGGUGUUAAUUUCAGACCCUUUAUGCUGCCCUUAUGUCUUUUUUUGAGCUUGAAAAUUUUUAUCACCAUUCACUUGCAUUGUAUGGACAAACAGACAUCAUACUGUAUCUUCAUUAAAAUAUCUUCAUUUGUGUUCUGCAGCAGAAAGAAAGUCAUGCAAGUUUGAGACAACAUAAGGGUGAAUAAAUGAUGAAAGAAUGAACAUUUUGUGUGAAAUAUUCCAUUAUAGGUCAUUUUUUAAUAAGGUGAAUUCAUAUAUAGUGAGAGAAUGUUGCAAAUAUGUUUUAAGCACCCACAUUAUUACACAUCUUACAGUAUUCCAUCCAUAUGGAUCUAGCACUUUGAUAGAACUCAUAUCACAUUAUUUAUUUCAUAUUUCCUAUUCUUUUGUAGUAUACUGUAUUAGUUGUGUAUAGCUGGGGUCACAUUGACUACAUAUCAGUGUAAAAUGAUGAAAUACUCAGAUUGUCAGAUAUGGAGAAUGUUUUGUUGGCUAGAUGUUCGAUAUGCACUAUUUUCCUGCUGUUGUAGUCAUCUUAAUGAACUUCAAGAGAGUAAAUAAGCACAUAAGGGUUUAAGGUACAUUUUGUAUUUAAAUAAUCACAUUAUCUAACAGUAAAACAGUACAAUACAUAUAUGAAAUGUUCUGAACCUAACAUUUAGGUUAUUUCAUGCCGAUUCAAAUAGACCAGGCCAUUGUUUAUCAAAACAAGGGAUAUUCAAUGUUAAUGAGUACAAUAUCGCCAUUUCAAGUUGACAGGCCAAUUUUGUUCAAACACAUAAACAUUCUAAUUUUCAAUCAAGCAGUCUUUGAUGUUUGAUCUUAAAAUGUUGUAUUUUUUAUCUUAAAAGUCUCUGUAAUUUAUUUUUAGAUUUACUACUGAAUCAUUUGUAUAUGUACAAAAAGAGGGUGGGGUACAAAUCGAAGGAAUUAUUUUUUUUUUUAUUAUUAUUUCUGACAAUGGUGUUAAACUGUUAAAUGAACAUUGAUUGAAGUUGUAAUGUCGUUACAUAUUUUUUAUUUUUAUUAUUAUUUUUAUUUUUAAAUAAAUUGAUUUGACUGAGAUUGUGUGCAUUUGUAAUUGAGGCAUUACACAAAAUAACGAGCUCCUGUUUUUUUUUUAUGACCAUCUAAAUGCUUUAUAAUUGUUUUACGUUUGUGUCAAAGGAUCAUAAACACUUGGCCAGACACUAUGGCCAUGUACUCAAUGCCAAGUAGUGAAUAAGUUAUCUUUCUGUAUGUAUAUGGAAUAAAGGAAUUACUCCAAUCACAGAGUGCUAACCAUUGCAAUGCUUUGUAAAAAAAAAUGUCUCCCAUCUGUAAACAUCCU